AUGGCGAGAGGAUUCCCACCAACCUUCCUUCUCAAUUGUGCGCUCUACGAAAACGCAGGCCACUCUCGGAUAUUCUCUCGUACCCCUUUUUCCAGGACCCGAGCCCAAGCCCCAAGGAGCAGUCCUCUUUCAUUGCCGUGUAAGGCCAGUACAAUGGCGCGCUCGUCUUCCCGCCAGCCGGUCUCUUCAGCGUACGUUGCGCCCUGUUGCGCCCAGGCUGCCAUGCGGGUCUCAAAGUAUCUCGACACCUAUAAAGCUCGGUUUCAGCCCGCCUUCCUGUCUUCUUGCGACCGUUCCUUGGUCAGUUGCGCUCCUUACUCCCCCCAUCAGCUUCUCGUUCGACGUUUUGUGGAAUCCUCUCCGCAAAAAUUUUCAAACCCGCUUGGUCGUGGGGACGUCCGGUUGAUGGUCUCAAAUCCAGAUCUGGUAGUGGCAUAUGCAGCCUCCCGUCCUCCUAUGGAGUCACCUGCACUAAUGGCGUCGCCAAAUAUGUCACUUCAGGCCAGACGAUCUCUGGACAAAUUAAUUCUGCAGGGGUCAUUCGCGUUUCACUCAAAUAUGCUACUGCACAACGCUUCCAGCCUCCCCAGUUGGCUGCCACCAUCCCCUCGUGUGUAUUUUAUUCUCCUCAAGCCUGGUGUCGACCCAUCCCUAUACUCUGAAGAUUGUCUAUACUUGGUGGCAUAUAUUCCCCCUGAAGUUAACCCUCUUCCCUCCCCGGGCAAUGCUGCUCCGGUUCUCGUCUGGUUCCAUGGUGGCUCCUAUAGGGAAGGCUCAGCCUCUGACCCCGCCAUUGAAGGUUCAAAUCUCGCCAAAGCUACUGGUUCUAUCGUCGUCGUCGUUCAGUAUCGUCUUGGAAUACUUGGUUAUCUCCCUCCUUCCGCUUAUAGCAACAACAAGAACCUUGGAGUCCAGGAUGCUAUUACCGCCCUCCAGUAUAUCCGAAAUACUGUUGGAUAUGUAGGAGGCGACAAGAACAAGAUCACGUUGGCUGGACAGAGCUCUGGAGGUAACAUGAUCCGCAACUUGUUGGGUGCUCCCUCCGCAUCGAGUCUCUUUUCCAGGGCCAUCUUGCAAUCAGACCCCAUGGACUAUGGGUUCUUGAGCGUCACCACCUUCAACACCUUACAAUCGGCCUAUUAUUCCACUGUCAACUGUGGUAACUGCCUUACCACACCUGUCGCGACCCUCCUUGAUGCACAGGUUCCUUUCAUCUCGGAUGCACCAAGCAUCGAUCCGGCGACUGGCGCAGGUGAACCCCUUCGCCCAGUCCUCGACGGCACCCUGAUCACCUAUUCCCUCACGACCUCCUUCCCACCCGCCUGGUCCAAGAACUUGCUAUUGACCACAACAUCUCAUGAAGCUGGUCAACCCAUCUAUCAAUCUAUCGGCUGGGCCCUCCCCUCCGCAGCAUUCGACCUCGUCGCGCCCAUCCUUUACGGCACCCCCCGUGACGCCGCUGUCAAAUCCCAAUACGGCAUAGCCGACUUGGAAGUGGCAGAUAUUCGCCCGCAAUUAGCGACCAUUGGCACUGAUGGUGUCUGGCGUUGUCCUAACUACCAAUUCGCUCGCACCUGGGCCAACAAUGGGGGCAACAUUUGGGUCGGAGAGUUCACCAAGGGGGCCACGUAUCCUGACAACACUGGUCUCAGCUACUGUACGGCUGAUGGGCACGUGUGCCACGAAGAUGACAUCCAAAUCGUCUUUGGCACCGUACCUUCGCCUACUGCCGCUCAAACUGCAUUGAUCAACCAAGUCCAAGCACGUUGGGGUGCUUUCAUCAAGACCGGAAAUCCAAACACUUCUGGAUACGCCAACUGGACCCAAGUCCCCCGCGGUGGCUCCGUCCCAGUUAUGAACUUGGGCGGAACGUCGUCUAUCCCGUUGGGUGGAUGUGAUCCGGCGAUCUGGGGAGGUGCGAUCAA